ACAAGCAAAAUAGACCAAUUAAGCAAAAACUCACAAUAUAACAUUCACAUGAUAUGCACCUUUUUUGCAAACAACCAAUAUCCUCUCAUAAAGUUAAAAAGGUACACCAAACACCAAAGCCCCAAAACCUAAAAUCUACUUCAAGAAUCUAAACCAUUACUUUACUUUACUAACACUAACACAUCCCAUCUCCAUCUCAAUCUCAAUCUCAAGAACACCAUCAAAUCUCUUCUUCAAAGCUUCCACACCCAUGAUUUAAAUUUUAAAAUUUUUUAAUUUUAUCCACCCAAAACCCUUAUCAAGAAUGUCUUCUCAAACACCUUUCUUGUUCCUGUUCUUGAUAUUCAUGACCCAAAUGGUUAACUCUGCACCAGACAACACAAACUUAGUAUACAAAGGAUGUGCACAACAAACUCUACAAGACCCAAAUGGGGUAUACUCAUCUGCACUAUCUGCAAUCUUUGGAACACUAAUCCAACAAUCUUCAAAAGCAAAGUUUUUCAAGACAACAAGUGGAACUGGGUCAGCAACAAUUUCAGGGCUUUUUCAAUGCAGAGGGGAUCUAAGCAAUCUUGAAUGCUACAACUGUGUGAGCAGGCUGCCAAUCUUGAUGGACAAGCUUUGUGGGAAGACAGUGGCUGCAAGAUUGCAGCUUUUAGGGUGUUAUAUGUUGUAUGAGGUUGCAGGGUUUGCUCAAAUAUCUGGGAUGGAGUUGCUGUACAAGACUUGUGGGUCAAGUAAUGGUGGUGGUGGGUUUGAAGAGAGGAGGGAUUCAGCAUUUUCAGCUUUGGAAAGUGGGAUUGGGAAUGGGAAUGGGAAUGGGGGGUUUUAUACUACAAGUUAUGAGUCUUUGUAUGUGUUGGGGCAGUGUCAAGGGGAUUUAGGGGGUGAAGAUUGUGGGGAGUGUGUGAAAAGUGCAGUGCAGAGGGCUGAAGUGGAGUGUGGGGGUUCAACUUCUGGGCAGAUAUAUUUGCAUAGGUGUUUUGUGAGUUAUAGUUAUUAUCCUAAUGGGAUGCCUAACCCUAAGAAAUCAUCAUCUUCUUCAGCUUCAUCUUCAUCGGAUUCUUCAUAUUCUUCUUCGUCAGAUUCUUCGUAUUCUUCACCUUCUUCUUCUUCUUCAUCAGGAACAGAUUCAAAUACAGGGAAGACAGUGGCAAUUAUCUUGGGAGGGGCAGCAGGAGUUGGAUUUUUAGUAAUAUUUGUAUUAUUUGCUAAAAAUGCAGCAAAGAAACAUGAUGAUUAUUGAAAGGGAGAUGAGAUGAGAGUUGGUCACAGGAAUCAAGAACCAAAGAUCCAAUUUUUGAGGUGGGUUCUUUCUUUGGUCUUUUUCAAAUCCAUUACUAGGUGAACUAAAAUUAAAGUUUUUGGUAUAUUUGGAAGGAGGGAAUGUUUGUUAAUGGUGGGAAAGAUGAAGGAAAGAUGUAACUUUUAUUUAUGUUGUGAGACCUUGGACAUUCAUGGCUUAAAGCCAUAUAUGCUAAUUGUUCAUCCUUUCAAUCUCUUUCUUCAAA